UUCAGGGACAGUAGACGCUUCUGCUGAGGGCCUUAUUUUGAAACCGUACAAGAUGUGUUUCUAUCCUAUAUUAUUUGGAAGGAAGUUUCGUGAACCUAAAAGAGUAUUAAUUACUGGGUUUGGACCUUACCAACAUGUUCCACAUAAUCGUAGUUGGGAAGGCGUAUCGUCCAUGGACAAGAACUACAUUGAGACGAAAAAUCAAAUAAUACUGUUGAAGGAGGAAAUAGCAGUACGGUAUCUUGAUGUGGAUUUGGUGGUCCCGGCGCUGUGGCGAGGUUUUCUACCCGAUUUGACGAUCCACGUUGGUGUGGCUGACACUAAAACCUUUCGUCUAGAAACAAACGCACGCAACACUGGUUACUACAUACCAGAUAUUGAAGCGAAAAUGCCCCGAUCCAAGGAGAUCGUGCCCGGAGGCCGUGCGAAGAUAACCACGACUCUUGACGUGGAGUUAAUCUGCGAGGAAUUUAAUAGGAAACCACCUGGACCAGGACUGAAGGCAUCUGUUUCACAUGAUGCUGAAUCGUAUCUCUGUGAGUACAUCUACUACACAUCGCUGUGUCGGGGCCCGGCUCUAUUCGUUCACAUUCCGCCAGAAAUGUACUCGCGCGAUGAAGUAGCUCAAGGCAUUCAACGUAUCUUAGAAUUGUGUCUAAAACAUAUAUAAAAUAACUAAAAAAGUGUGCCUAAUGAAAUAUGUAAAAACGAACCCGUCACAACUCAAUUGUCUAGUCAGAACCGCCAAAAACAUGGAUUCAUAAGAAUUCGCGAUAUUAUCUUUUUCUUCCUGCUACGUGUAGAUAUUUCUACAUUGCUGUUCUUAUUGUGAAGCGAAAAUGUUUGUUAGUACCUUUAUUCGUCACGAGCGAAUUCAAGUAUUAUACUCACUAGUGUCUUCAAAAAUUAUCAAAAAUUCUGACCAUACGAAUGCUACCUUAUCCCUUUAUUUUAUCCGAUUACGGGAAAAAGUCUCAUCGGAAAGCGCGUGAAGCCGCGAGAAAGAGCUUGUUUAUUAUAUUUUUGCUUUAUUAAUUUUCCAAUCACAUGUUUAUUAUAUUGUAAUUUGUAUAGUUUGUAGAAGCUUUUACCUAAGAUUUAUAUUGAAUCGAUUGCCAAAUAUUUAAAUUCUU